GGAAACUGAGGUGUUUUCCUGUCCAUCUUGCAAAUACAGAACCUAGAGAAUAAAAAUGGGGACUCCUGGAUCGGGAAGGAAAAGAACUCCAGUGAAAGACAGGUUUUCUGCAGAAGAUGAAGCUUUAAGUAACAUUGCCAGAGAGGCAGAAGCCAGGCUGGCAGCCAAACGAGCAGCUCGAGCAGAAGCAAGAGAUAUACGUAUGAGAGAACUGGAGAGACAGCAAAAAGAGUCUUCUGAUUUUUCUGAUCAAAGUGAAACUGCUGCUGACUAUUUUAGUCGUUCCAACCGCAGGGGAAGCAUCGUUUCUGAUGCAGAUGAUUUCCAAGGUUUGAAUAGUCUGGAAGAAAAGAGUGACAAAACACAUUUGGAAAUUUAUUCAAGGCCAUCAUCCCGCAAUUCAAUAAGUGCAACCCCUCUAAGUGGCAACUCAUCUAGGAGAGGAAGUGGAGACACAAGCAGUUUGGUGGAUCCUGAUGCCUCCCUAAGUGAACUACGGGAUAUCUAUGAUCUUAAGGACCAGAUACACGAUGUAGAAGGGAGAUACAUGCAGGGACUUAAAGAACUAAAGGAUUCUCUAGCUGAAGUUGAAGAGAAGUACAAGAAAGCCAUGGUUUCCAAUGCUCAGCUAGACAAUGAAAAGAACAACUUGGUUUACCAAGUGGAUAUUUUAAAGGAUGUCAUUGAGGAGAAAGAAGAACAGAUAGCAGAGUUCUACAGGGAAAAUGAAGAGAAGUCAAAGGAAUUGGAAAGGCAAAAACACACCUGCAGUGUUCUACAGCAUAAGCUGGAUGAACUGAAAGAAGGCCUUCGUCAGAGAGAUGAAUUGAUAGAGGAGAAUCAACGAAUGCAGCAGAAUAUAGACUGCAUAACCAAAGAGGUGUUUGAUCUCCAGGAGACAAUUAAUUGGAAAGAUAAAAAAAUAGGGGCCCUAGAAAGGCAGAAAGCUUUCUUUGACUGCGUUAAGAAAGAGCGAGAUGAGCUCAGAGAGGAGUUGGCUGACCUGAAGGAAGCAAUGAAGAGAGGAGAGAAGCAUGGGUUAGUUAUAAUUCCCGACGGCACACCGAACGGUGAUGUAAACCACGAGUCGGUGGUUGGGGCAAUAACAGUUGUAUCACAAGAAGCUGCUCAAGUCUUGGAAUCUGCUGGAGAAGGACCACUAGAUGUGCGGCUACGAAAACUGGCUGGAGAAAAGGAGGAGUUACUGUCCCAGGUUAGAAAACUGAAGAUGCAAUUGGAAGAAGAACGGCAGAAAUACUCCAGAAGUGAUGGCACAGAUCUGGAUGCAACAGGCUUAGAAAAUGGUUCUGACUUGCAGCUAUUUGAAAUGCAGAGAGAUGCCAAUAGACAAAUUAGUGAAUACAAAUUCAAGCUUUCAAAAGCUGAACAAGAUAUAACUACUAUGGAACAAAAUAUUGGACGACUUGAGGGCCAGGUUGCAAGAUACAAAAGUGCUGCAGAAAAUGCAGAAAAAGUGGAAGAUGAACUCAAGGCUGAGAAGAGGAAGCUUCAGCGAGAGUUACGAACAGCACUGGAUAAGAUUGAAGAAAUGGAGAUGACCAAUAACCACUUGAUGAAAAGGCUGGAGAAGAUGAAGGCAAAUCGGACUGCGCUUUUAUCUCAGCAGUGAAGUGCAAAU